UUCACCUAGCAUGCAGAAUAAGUGAGCAGUCUAGUGCAAGAAUAGCAUAUGUCCACUACCACCAAUCUUUCUAGCAUACUCCUUCAGACGAUCAUCGUUAUAUCAACCUAACCAGUCAGUAACCAACUCGGGUGCCUAGUCGAAUUUUUAAAGGUCAAAGGUUAAUCAUUCGCGCAUGCGCAGUACUAGUGCGCCGUCUCGUCGUCCUUGCCGCGCUGCAGCAAAGUGAUACAGCGCCCUAUGGCCUCCAAAGCAACGUUUGCAGGUCCCAGUGGGCUCUGCAUUGAAGCAACGGUUGCCCUCACGCUUCGGUCUGCGGGAAAUGGCGAGUCCACCAACGGCUCGAGCGACACUCCUGUGCGUCCGCGGAAGCGACAGAGAAGGCCCGAAACCUGGAAAAGAGCAGUCGCAAAGAGCAAGCGAGCCAAGGGGGAGGAGUAUACCUCCCCCAGCACAGGAGUAACAGUCCUUUCCCGCGGAACUGGACCCGACUGCAGGUGCCGACGUCGGUGUUUCGACAGUGUCUCCCAGAGUGAAAGGGCGGCCAUUCUUGCCGCGUUCUACGGGCUGGGGAGCAAGGACCUGCAGGAUGCGCACUUGUUUGGGCUGAUUCAAUCUAUUCCUGUGAAAAGGCGCCGGCCAAGGGGAGAUGGAAGAACAUCACGGCGAGCCACCUACACCUAUGUGGUUCGUGUUGCCGGGCGGAGUGAGACUGUCUGCCAGAAAGCCUUUGCCUCCCUCUACGGUGUUAGCGUCUCUAGGGUACGCCGGAUCGCUCAGGCCACCUCAACAUCAAUCUGUGCUCCAGUCGAUAAGCGUGGGAAGCACCCAAGGAGAUCACGAAUUCAGCUGGGUGGUGAGGUUAAGGAACAAAUUCGUCAGCACAUUAAGUCUGUCCCCGCUCUAAAGUCCCACUACUCUUCGGGGAAGAGCAAGGCACGCAAGUAUCUCUCACCCCUUCUCUCUGUGGCUGAAAUGCACAGGCUUUAUGUUGAAAAACAUGAAAGCAAUAGCGAAACACCCCUGGUCAAGUAUUCGUACUAUGCAAAAAUUUUAACAGUGAAUUCAAUCUUACAUUUGGAAGGCCCAAGGUAGACACGUGUCCUACUUAUGAAAUCUUCAAGAACAAGCUGGCCUUGCAAGUUGACCAAGCUUGCAAACGGAAAAUCCAACAGGAUCAUCGUCUGCAUCUAGAUUCAGCUGAAAUUUUUUACUCUAGUCUUCGUCAAAAAACUAAUUUGUCGAAGAGUGACCAAUCCGUUUUAACUCUUACCUUUGAUUUUCAACAAAAUAUCCCAUUGCCGCACAUUCCAGUCGGUGAUUUAUUUUAUAUGCAACAGCUGUGGAUGUAUGUAUUUGGAAUCCAUAGUUGCGGCAAUAAUAGCGUGAGUAUGUAUUGUUGGCCCGAGGUACUUGCAAAAAGGGGCAGCGAUGAAGUGAUAUCGUGCUUGCAUCAUUUUUUGUCUUAUAUACCUACAACCAUUGAUACACUCUACCUCUAUUCUGAUG